CAUCACCUCCUCCAAACGACUGAGUCUAUAAAUAAAUCACCGUCUCGUUCGAGCUACGCACGCAAUUAGCGAAAGUACUUAGCCAAACGACAGGGCUCCUGAAAAAGAGGGAAAUUCCUCCUCUCGACCAGCAACACCGCCGAGUAUAUUUAUAAUUGCUCAGUGCGUUUUGGGUGAGUAAAAGAACCAGAAGCCCAAUCGAAUCACUGACUGAAUAGUUUUCUCGCCAGGCAACAACACACGUAAUCGAUGCAAGAAUUUGGCGAAAAUAUUCAGCAGGUUCACAACGAGAAGUUGGGCAGGCAUCUGGUGGCUGGCAUAAACAUUGAACCGGGCGACACUGUUUUGGAAGAGCGGCCCUUGCUGGUGGCUCCCCACUGGGAAUGUCACCAGCUGAAGUGCGCCCAAUGCCUUCAGGAAUCCUAUGUGAUGUGUCGACAAUGCCAGGUGUUUCCCCUUUGCAUGGACUGCAGCCAGCAUGAUGAGUUUGAGUGCGAGUUCUUCGCCAGCGGUGGAGGAAAAGACAUCUGCAAGGAUAUUCUGGUGAAGAACUAUGGGAUAUGUGGACUCCUUAAGCUGCUCCUCCUGCUGGAGAAUCCCGACUCGAAAGCCGAUUGCGAAAUGCUCAUGGAUGUGCCGGUGAAUCUGAGUGAUUAUCGCGAUGGUGAAGGCAUGUGGCAGGAGCACGAGGAGCAGGUGGUGCGUCCACUGAUGGAGAGUGGCUUACUGGCGGUUCUACCCACUCAGCAGUUGACUUCGGAUGUGCUGCAUGCCCACUGCAUUCGGAUUGACAGCAAUUCCUUCGAGGUGACCGCCAGGGAUGGUGAUACCUUGAAGGGAGUUUUUGUUUGUGGAGCCAGCUUACCACAUCACUGCGUUCCCAACACGGUGGUGGCCCUGGAUGAGCAGUUCAACAUGAAGCUGUAUGCGGCAGUUCCACUGCAGCCGGGUGAUAUUAUAUACAACUCGUACACGAAUCCCUUGAUGGGCACCAGCCAGCGGCAGCAUCAAUUGCGGAUGACUCGUCGAUUGGAGUGCACCUGCUCGCGCUGUCUGGAUCCCACUGAAAUGGGCACUCACAUGAGCAGCAUGAAGUGCAGGGAGUGCGAGGGAUUUGCUGUAUGUGAGAUAGAUGCCAAUGGAAGGCUGGGAGAUUGGCGUUGCCCGGAUUGUAAGGCUCUUCUAACCGCUGCCGAGGUCCACGAGCUGCAGGCCGAAGUGGGUUCCGCUUUGGUGGAGGCCCGGGGUGAACUGCCGGUCUAUGAAAAUCUCCUGACCCAAUUUGGACCACUGCUUCAUCCCAAUCACUUUAUGCUGCUGGACAUCAAGCAGAACAUUGCCAGUAUUUUGCGAGCGGCGGCCCUGAUGAACUCGAUGGAGCAGCCAUGCAAGAAGCUCCUAGCCCGCCGCGUGGAACUCUGCUCCGAUCUGCUGCCCGUCUGCCGGGCUGUCGUCCCAGGCAUCUCCAAGCUGUACGCCAUCGGUCUGUUUGAGUAUCUGCUGGCGCUGGUGGAGCUCGUGGAGCUGCAGUUUGCCGAAAGUGAUCUGGAUAAGAAGGAAUAUGUGGCCCAUUUGAGGACCGCUAGUCUGGUGGCCAAGGAGGCAAUGGACCUUCUACGCUUCGAGCCGGAAAACUCAGCGGAGGGCUAUCUUUCGGACCGGAUUUCCAUGGAGCUGGAGCGCAUUGAUUCCGAUCUGAAGAAGUACGGACGAUAA